AUGAACAAAGCAGCAGCGAAUCCUACUGAAGUUGAAGUUGUGAUCAAACCUGUGGAUGAGUUACCAUAUGAAGUGAAGGUAGACAACUGGAUUCUUAAUGUUUGUAUAACCAGUUCUCUUCUAUGGGUUGGCAAGAGAUUCCCUAGGGCAGGGGUUUGGUUGAAUAAUCUUGCAACUAAAAUACAUCGUGUCGAGGCUGCAACUGUCUAUUUCUUUACUCGGAAGAGACUUGAUUCAACUGGAAUGCUUAUUGACCUAGAGGCAUCUCGGAAAAUUGCGACCAUCAUUUUCAAUUUCAUCAAGAGAAUGUAUAAAGCUGGCAAAUUCAUGUGCAAAGUAUCUCUUGGUCUUAUCACUUUUACAACAUNGUACGUGGCUUANGCGGAUGAGUUGUUCGAUGGUACUCUUCUUGCUCUUCUUGGUCUUGUAGAUCGGUACCAUUGA